AUGGAUCUUCAUACUAAUGCAUCACAGUUUUUUGACCCUGGCCAAUACUUGAUUGGUGAUGCGGCAUACAGUCUCACCAUGACCACCAUACCCCCUUGUAAAGUCCCAGCAGCCAACUUACCGGAGAAUGUGGAAUUCAACUAUUGUCUUGCCAAGUCUCAAGUGCGAAACAAACACGCUAUUGGUGUCUUGAAGGCUCGAUGGUCUUCCUUGAAAGAAAUGCGAUUACAUACAUAUCAGGCUUCUCACAUGCAGGCAUACAUCCGUUGGAUCUAUGCCUGCAUCAUACUGCACAACAUGCUCGCUUUCCUUGGUGAUGCAUGGCAUGACCUAGCAAGCCUGGAUGCAAAUGAGGCAGAGACCAAUGACAAGGACUCUGAAGAAAGUAGUGAUGAGGAGGAUAUACCGACUGUAGCCAGUGAGAACUUUCAAACAAAAAUUAAAAAGAAGUGCUGUGAACGUCACCAUGAGCUUGGCACAUUGCCCAUCUAA